GUCGGGAUCGCAUUAAAAUAAAAGCUUCAGCUUGUUUUCGGAGUGUUUUACAGUGUUUUAUAAAGAAAAGUAUUAAACAGUUAAAAGUUUUAUUAUAUGCCACAACAAAUACAACAAGCACAGAUGUCACUCUACUGGUUCCAGAAAGAUUUUGACAAUAAAUUGCCAUUGUCAAAAAUAAUGAAAUCUGUAACAGCAUUAUCAAUAGUCUCAAGAGUCACUGGAUUUCAACUAUUCACAGUUGAUGUAACAAAAGGACAAGCUCGCGUCAAUUUAAUAGACUUCGUUCUCAUUUUUCUAUCAGUUUGCAUGAACUGCAUUAUAAAUGUAACAUUUUGGAUUUCACGAUAUAAUCCCGGGAUUCAUGGGAUUGCUGUAAUGAAGUAUAGCUUACCAAUCCUUAUGUACUUCAAUCUUCUUGGAAAUAUGUUUGGAAUGACUUGGAUUUUCAUCCAUCGUGCAAAGAUUAUGAAAAUUCUCCAACUUUUCUCGGAAAUUGAUGCAGAGUUAAUGAAAAUUGGCGAACGAAUAGAUCACAAGAGAAAUAAGAGGAAUUUAAAAAUUUUAGUGAUUGUACCAAUCUUCCUUACUACAUUCGUAACAUUUAUGUGUGGCAUGUUCCACGAAGUUGACCAUUUUCGUUUGGAUUUUUUGCUCAAAAUGUUUUCAUUGUGGAUUUUUGUUUGUACAUUUGUGAUGUAUUAUCACCUAGUCGUCGGAGUAUCUGGAGUUUCACAGAGAUUUGAGAAAAUUUGUAAAACCACAAUGAAAAUUUCACCGCAAAGUGAAAAAACUUUGUACAAAAUUCAAGAAAUUCAUGUCAAAAUUGCCGACGCGAUUGACAUUUACAAUAAAGUUUAUGGACCAUUAAUGAUUUUCUAUUUUGGUGACGCAUUUUGCUGGCUCUGCAUUUCAAUUUUUGCACUUGCUAUGUUUCCGAAUACAAAUAGAUCAACAAUCUGUACACUUGUCUGUACCGUGUCUCAUUGCUUUACUACAAUUGCGACGUCAUUCUUUAUCGUCAAUCUUGCUGAAAAUGUUGCAAAUCAAAGAAAAAAUUUAAUUAAAAAUUCUUACAAAUUAAUUAACACAUUCAGUGAUAAUUUGGAUUUUGGAACUAGAAUUUUACAUUUUCAAUCACAAGUAAUGAAUGUUAAGUUUGUCUUUUCUUGCGGAUUUUUCGACAUCAAUUGGAAAUUUGUUUUUAAGUUCUUCAGCGCUGGCUUUAUGUACUUCGUAAUCUUAGUUCAAUUUGAAAGAACAAUUUCCUAGGAGUGGAAAAUAAUUAAUUGCUAAACGUGCGAGUCAUCAAAAGAAUAUUAACAAAGUUAGUCGUUUUAUACAAUUAGUAGAGUAAAAUAUUUGUAGUAAU